UUCAAAAUCUACAGUAAAAAUGUAUCACUUACAGUAUUACUACAUUUUUGUUUUUUGUGUUUUCUUUUUAAGUAAAAUCAUUGUGGUAAUAAAUGCAGCUUAUAGUGAAGAUGAUAAGAAUGAUAUUAAAAUCUUCGUCGACUUACUGGACGACAUACCCACAUGGGAUCAAGCGCAAACAGAAUUUGAUCAAAACGAACUCGACCAAAUCGAGGGGAUCAUAAUCAACGGUGUACAAAAUCCAGGAGACGUCGAGUUAAACAACAAGUAUGAAAGGACAUUUACAGCGUUGAAAUGCACUUACGGUUAUGCGGUGCAAAACAUGUUAUUAAAUUUGAAACGGUUGUCUAUGUACGAUAAAUCAAUGCAGUCACAAUCAAAUCAAAAAGCACAAAGCAGUGAAGUUCAUGUAGUUAAUCAAAGCGGUAGCGAUAAGAAGGUUGAACCGUCAAAAAAAAAAAAAGUUAGGUUCAACGACGAGGUCAAAUUGUUAGCUAUAGACAAAGAGAACACUUUACAGAUAUCGGAGAUAAUUAAGAAAAAAUCGGUAGACCUGAGGAACGAUAUGGGGUUCAGGGCACAAAACGCAAACAACAUCGUGCAAAACCAACUUCUUGGCCAGGAGUAUGUAAUAGAUUUGUCGAAAAAUAAACGGUACAGGAGUCCGAAUCUGCCACUGAGCAACUACCAUAUGUAUGUUGAGGACUACAUGAUGGUGGUGAAUCGCAUGCUGUCGGUUUUACAUAUGGCCAAACGCGUUGCUGCCAAUUGGCUGUGGAACGUUUCCAUUGUGUUGAGCGCUAUCAACUGGUUCCAAUUGAAAUUUGAAACUUUAUGGAUCCGCGACGAUAUCCAAACUGCGAUUGAUGACUUUGUGACUCAGUGCACUGCGAAAAAGUACUUGGAACGUGCUCCACCGACCAAAGUACAUGGUUUUGAAAACGAUUUAAAAAGCAUGCUUGAAAGUUUAAAUCGGUCGGCCGUGCUGUUGGAGUACUUGAGACUGGCUGAGAUUACUCCGGAUCCCGAUUGGACCAGAUUGUUCAAAUACCAAGAGAAAUUGGUUGUAUACGGUUGUAUUUGGAAUAGAAUACCGUUAGACGUUAAUACUAUGCCGUGGUUGCAAAAGAAUCUCAUUGAUUGGCAAAAAGUCGAGAGGGCUUUGAGCGACGCCCACAAACAAGUGCAAGACACAUGGUUAAACGAUCCGUUUUUAAUAAAGAAAUACAUUUCAAUGACAAAAGACGUGGUUUUCAUUAAUAUGCUCUACCACCUGUUCAUCCAUUUUAUCACCUACUUAGAGAUCCGUCCGUGGACGAUAUGGGCCAAAAUUCUUAGACUGGUUACGCUUUCUUUGACAAAACCAACCGACGAUACAUUGGACUGGUUCAUGAAAUGUCCUACACUCGCGUUUAAGACUUUUUUUGAAAUCGCCGGCUUAAAUGAAGAUUCGUUUUACUCGGAAGUACUUGAAUAUAUGAACGAUGCUAAGCUUAAAGACCACGCCAAAUUUCAAAUUAUCACUACAAAAGUCGCGCUCGAAUUGGAAAAAUAUUUAAGAAGCUUUGGAGUGUUCCACAAAUUUAUCUACAUAGGUGUGUCCAAGACCGUGGUUAAAAAUAUUCCAUAUGCGGAUAGUACCGAGUGUCGCUAUUUCUUUAAUCAAGUACUUGAAACAUUUGUUUAUAUUAAUCCUUCAAACUUGAAUAUUGUUAAUUGGUUUUUAAUGAGCGAAAACGAAGUAUGGUUGUUGGAUUCAUAGGCAAUCAUAACAUAAUAGUAACAAUAGUAACAUACGUAAAUUCAAUAUUUUUUGUUUUAUUAUUAUUUCAUUGGAAUUUUACAAACGACAAUUUUGAUAUUGGAUAUCUCUUUUGAAGUUGGAAAUUGUUUAGUCAAAUUUGCUUGACUGAUUUUAGUAAACAAAAACUGCGUAUAUUAUACAAAAUAAAUCAUUAAAUCAAAGUUGUUUUUCAAAAAGUAUUAUUGUAUUUUUUUUAAAACUUAUCACAAUAUUAAGUUACCUAU